UAGUCCCUCUUUGACUGCUAGCGCGACGUGGUGGCGGAGCGCUGAAAACUUUUCUGUAGAUCCACCUUAAUGAUCUCGGCUGCCUCACUCCACGACCUCCACGAUCUGUUCUGUUCAGUGUUUGUGAGAUCGCCGGCCGGUGCUGAUAGUAUCAACAUGAGGCAGCUUCUGCCCCUUAUCUUAACGCUCUUUGCCCUCCAUCAGUAUGAGGCGCUCGAUGAUGUCCCAUUAAUACAUUGUGGGGAAAAUUCCAUCAUAAGAGGAUCAAACAUUGGAGCUCCCAACUUCCUACUGGUUCAUAAAUCCAAUCAUCCAUACGUCGAUAAAACAGACGGCAUUCAAGCAAUCUUUUCAAGUCAUAACUUCGCGACUCUGAUUACGAGGCCCAGAAGAUUUGGGAAGUCUUUGAUGCUGUCUGCGAUGAGAGCCUUCUUCUGGGAUAAUUACCCGGACCAAAUUGAUUUUACUCGAUAUAAUAUAUUCAUCAAGCAUCGGGAAUUUUUUGAUGAGCAUUACCGGAAAUUCCCGGUGCUUUAUAUGGAUUUCAGUGAAUUGCGCACUUUCGGAGCAUCGUCCAAUGAUGAAACAUUCCGCUCCUUUACUCGCAACUUAUAUAAUACGUAUUCAUACUUAUUAGAUAGUCCAUAUUUAAGUCGGAGGGAGAAAGUUUAUUACGAUAGGGUCACUACGGGUGAACGACAAGGGGACAUGUUUUACAUUGAUGCAAUUAGAAACCUCGCCAAAUAUCUACAAAAACACUCGCAAAAGCAAACUAAUAAUACGAAUUCUGUGGUGGUCCUUAUCGAUGAGUAUGAUACUCCUAUCAUGCAUGCAUUAAUAGAACGAAAUAUUUCACAAUACAAGGGUUUAUUGGAUAUUCUAAAAUGCUUGCUCCAAAUGUUGUUUAAAUCUGAUGAUUCUCCCGUUCGACGCGGUCUUUUGAUGGGCGUGUUUGACAUUUCAAAAGACAUUUCUUCAUCCUUCAACAAUAAAGAAGUAUUAACAAUCAGUAACCCAAAAUUCAGCGAGUAUUUUGGGUUUACCACUGCAGAGACCGAAAGCCUUGUUAGAACCUGUGGCACAUACCCACCCGAGUUUUUAACCGAUUUAAAAAACAAAUACAACGGGUACCGUAUGGGCAACCAUUUAAUGUAUAACCCCUGGUCUGUCAGCCAAAGUCUGCUAUCAGGUGUUCUGGAUAAUUAUUGGGUCGAAACGGGUAAUUACGUCGGCUUCGUCAAAUUUGUAAGAUCCCAUGAUGUCCAGAUCCAACUGACAACAAAAUCUUUGCUAGACAGGAGGGUAAUCGUCGUCCCUUUUACAACUGACAUGCUGUUAGAAGAAAUUUAUGACAGAGAAGAAUACUUUUGGUCCUACCUAUUGCAGACUGGGUACUUGACAUAUGAAGCGCCAUUCCAGCAUUCCGAGUCUCGAGGUGGUUACUGCACUGUGAAGAUUCCGAAUGAAGAGGUUAUUGAAACGUUUGAACGUAUUUUUACAUAUAUUAACGUGGGUGCCUCCAAUGUGACCCUCGAUUUGUUUUUGAACACGACGUUCGAAGGGCAUAAGGAACGAUUGGCCGAAUAUUAUUCGCAUAUCCACGAAUUUCACGAAAUUCCCCUGACGGGGACAGAUGCUGAGUCACCUUCGGAGCGCAUCCUAGAUAUUGUCAAAUACAACUUUCCGAGGGGGCAUUUUCAUCAUUAUAUUAUUCUGGGUGAAAAUGUCACGAUUUACGAAAUAAAAAGUAAAAAAGGAGUCCAACUUAUGAUUCUCUUGAGUAGGGUUUCCCUUAAGACAAAGAAUCCGGAAAGCUUUAAAAAUCAUAUGCUAACAUUUUGGGAUGCGUUUUGUAAAGAAGCGGAAAAAAAAUUAUCGCAGAAUCUGGUAGAUGUAGCAGUAUUAGCUUUGGUUUAUUCUCAUGACAAAGUUACUCUUUUAAUCCAUUCCAUCGUGCAAUAUUUACCACAUCUAUUCCAUUAAGUCCCGACCAUAAAGCCAUAAAGCCAGAGUAAAGGAAGAUAUCCAAAAAAAUGUUUCCAAAUAACAGCCUUGUAGUGCUUGACACUUUUCUCUCCGUGUUCCCGAUUAAAAGUUCUCAUUUCUCUUAAGUUGGUUUUCUUUAUUUUUCCCCCCGUACUGUAUUUGUAGUCAGUGACGAAUUGUUUCAAUUGUUGCUGGCACAGCAAUUUCUUAUUUGAAGCCUUGAUUGCGAAGUAUUGGAAAUGUUAUGUGUGUAAUUUUGUUCCUUUCCUGUUUAGUGGGUCUGCCAAUUUAUUGUAAUUUGACAAUUUUUCUGCCAAAUCAUGUGACUGAUGAAAUGUGAUACUCAGAGCAAAAUUUUCAUUGCACUGUGUUAGUAAAUCUGAAAUUUUAGCAACAGUAAGCUAGUGUCUCCAUUUUCUCUUAACAACUUGUUUUUGACUCCUUGAAGACGGGUUUGCAACUAUUAAAAUUUGAUCGAAUAUUUUGAAAUGUGAAUUGCUCAGUGUCCUGCGAAUCUGGCUGUAAUUAAUAAUUAAAAGAGUUCAAUUUUUUCAUAAAUUUCUUGAAGGUUUUGAACAGAGAAAAAAAGUAUUUCCAUUCUCCUUUUUGAAAAAAAUAGGUAAGUUUCAAAAUGUCAACCCUUAAUUGUUUGACACUGUUGCUUUGUUUCUAAUCAGAUGUUAACCUUUUCCAAAAAUAGGUUGAUAAUAUUUUCUUUCUCAUUUGUAGUUUUUCCUAAUUGUAACCAUAGCGGUUGAUUUACAUUCUUUCUGAAGACUUCAUGUCAAGUAAUUUUUUCUUUUACUGUGUCAUAUUUUUCAUAAUUUCUUUUUUCUUUAAUAAAUUUCCCCUUCUUUUAUAAUUUUUUUCGACUUAUCUACAGCAUUUACCUAAGCCCCAUCUGCAAUUAUCAAUUUCAUUCCUUGAAAAUGACUGAAAGUGUGUAUCCAAAUUGUGAUGAAGCGAGUUUACUUUUCCCCACUUUCCUCUUGUGCGAAAGUAGAGAGGCAAGUCACUUUCAUUUAAUAAUAUAAUUAUUAUUAAUAUAUUAUUAUUACUAGUAGAAUUAAUAUAAUAUAUUAUUAUUAAUAUAAUUAAAUAUAAUUUCAUUUAUUCAAUUAGGAA